AUGAUGCAGGAAACGGUUGUGACGGUUGGCCAACCAGCACCGGUAACACCAACCAUAAAUCCAGUCGCCUCUAGCUCGGUUGGACUGCGGUUCAACAUCGGCUACUUCACCACAGCGUCCGGCGUCCUGAAGCUGAUCCAGAUCGUCUUCGGUAUAAUCUGCAUGGCCUGUGCCACUCCGGUCAUCGCCGGCACCGGCUGGUUUCUGUUUGUGGCCAUUUUCUCCUUCAUCUGUACGGCCUUGUGGAGUUUAGCGCAUCUUUUUGGCGUCCGGGAAGCGAUAAGCCCGGGCUUCAAUUGGGUAGUGACGGAACUAUUCAACACGGCCUUCAUAGCGCUGAUAUAUUUUACAGCCUUCAUCGUGCAGCUUGCGUUAUGGGCUAACACGGUCCACGGCGACAGAGAUCGGAACUUGGCGGCGGGGUCCUUUGGAAUAUUCAACUUUCUGGCGUACAUGGCUGGGAUCUAUGUUCUCUAUUUUGAGCAAAGCUAAAACCGCACUUGACUCAAGAGCGUUGGAUGGAGAGACAACUUGGGGAUUAUCAUACCAAAGCCGGAGUAAUGUUAGCUGUUAGUGGAAUGUUAUGCUUAACUAUUUAGCUAAAGUCGAUUUAAAUAAAAAUUUACAAUUUACUUA